CAUGGAAGACGGAUCGUGCUGAACAUGAGACCACUAAUGUUCUGUGUUUUUGCAGUUAUAAUGCUCACAGUGGCUCAAGGUGAGGAGAAAGAGCAAUCAGAGCUGCUCAUGGACAUAGAGGGAUCACUGGAAGAGAAGGAGUUGCUCGAGUGUUUCCGCUGUGACCUGGGCUUCUGGGACGCCUGCUACACCACCCAAACCAACUGCAGCCUUGGCGAGCGGUGCUUCACAGGCCGAGGGAAAGCCGCUGAUGUUCUGGAUGUGAAGACGUUGGGUUGUGCAAAGGCAGAGGAGUGUGGUGUAGAGACAACAGUGGCACUCUUCCCUAACAACACCAUCUUCGUCAUGACCAAACACUGCUGUGACACACCGUUCUUGUAG